GCGAAACACUGCUCAGCUUUAUUUGCGCUUCCGUCUGUCCAAAUUCACCCUUCGCGAUUCAACACUCGUAAUCGAACCAUCAAUCCCCUUCCGCCGUGAAACACGCUGUUAGUUCUUUCUAGUCUCCGAUGGCUUUAUCGUCAUCGUCGGCGGGGGCGGCGAAGGGCGUCGUGAUUUCUGUGCCGGCUCUGGUGAUCUCCGCGGCCGCCGCGGCCACUGUCUUCUUCUUCCUCUUGUCUUCUCUCUCUCCUCCUCCUCCUCCUCCUCCUCCUUGCUCUUGCCCCUCCCCGACAGACAUUACCUCCUCUGCACGCGGCAGAGCGGAGCGGAUCUCGCCGACUCCGGAUGAUAUAGAGUGGGUGAAGGUGCAGAUCCAGGCCAACGGGCUGCAUAUGCAGGAUAACGUGUUGCGGAAGGGCAUUAACCCUCGCACUCGCGCUCAGCAGCUCCAAGAUCUCGUUCAAUUCAAGGGCAUAUCGCACUAUGAAGGAGAGGAUUCAAACAAUCAUACAGCUCUACCUUGUCCUGGGGAGCUUCUUGUGGAAGAGCAUCACAGCAAUUAUGGGGAGCCCUGGGCUGGAGGCCGAGAUGUGUUUGAAUUCCUUGCAGAGUCUUCCCACCUCACACCAGAUGCUCAUGUUCUUGAGAUUGGAUGUGGAACACUUCGCGUUGGCUUGCAUUUCAUUAGGUACCUGAAUCCAGGAAACUUCCAUUGUCUGGAGAGAGAUGAACUUUCUUUAAUGGCUGCAUUUAGGUAUGAGCUUCCAUCCCAAGGUUUGCUGCAUAAGCGCCCUCUGAUUGUGAAAGGUGAAGAUAUGGAGUUUACUAAGUUUGGAUCUGGAAUGUACAAUUUGAUCUAUGCUAGUGCUGUUUUCCUUCACAUGCCUGAUAAGCUUGUUUGGGUUGGAUUAGAGAGAUUAGCAAACAAAUUGAAGCCUCAUGAUGGUCGAAUCUUUGUGUCCCACAAUAUAAAGUUCUGUUCACGCUUGGGUGGUGAUGAAUGUACAGAGAGAUUGAACGCUCUAGGUCUUGAAUAUCUUGGGAAGCACACGCAUAAUAGUUUACUUUUCAACCACUACGAGAUUUGGUUUGAGUUUAGGCGAUCUAAGGGAUAGAAUCUGGAAGGCAGUUUAUUUUCGUGAAGUUCUGAGUGCUACUAAUACAGAUGGAUGCCAUGAAUCAGCAAACUGAGAUGAUGGAUUCUCCUGUCACCUCUCAUUCUCUGGGUAUCAGUUGUGGAAAAUUUAAGUUUCAAAUUACAUUAGUACUCGGCAAUAGAAGAGGGAGGCUGAUUCGAUGGCCCUUUUAUUCAGGAUAUUUAUGACAAGGAUAAGUAAUCUGCAUUUGGGACCAGUAAUUGCUUAGCUUUGUAUUGGUCAAAGUGAAGACGUCCAGGUAGUGUACACUGAUUAAAAGGCAACAGAGAUGUGUUCUGAUUGUUACAGUGUAAUUUAAUAUUUAUCUGAUUCAGAAUGUGUAGACCGUUCCAUAGAAUCACAGUGUAGGCCAAGAGAUCCAGUAUAACUUAUGGGUUCAAACUGGGGGUUUUUGUACGUUGAACAACUUGUAUAUCUCUCUGGUCAUUCAAAUGGAUGGCUCUAUUUGGUUUAUCCGUGCAAGUGAUCUCUGUGUUUCGUGCCUCUGCUUCGAAGAUCCUUUACAAAGGGCCGUUUCUUUUCAAGUUCAUUUACUUUGUGGAAUACUAUUAUUAUUAUGGCCACUUUUAUUUUUCUGCUUUUCAUGUUGAAAAAUAACUGAAUUUUCAGGGAAAGUUGCAUCUACUCUCUGAAAUAAAUUUAUCUAUGGUCCAGUCACCAGCGUGUAGAUACCUCUUGUAUCUAUGCAGUUUUUCUUUGAUGACAUGACACCAGUCGCAAUUUCUUUGUUUUGUGAAGAUUUCAUUUAUUUUUGUUAUUUCAUUAGGGUUUAUUAUUAUUUGUUAAAUAUAUAUAUAUAUUUUAUGAUGAUAAGCUUAUUCUUUUAAAUCCAAGUAUCACACGAGUUAUACAAGUGUUUGAAACAAAUGGAUUUAAAGUUGAAAGUCCGAAGUCCGAGCCCAUCAAUGCUUGGGUCAGAUCAACGCUUGAAAUGAGAAUUGUUUAUUUAUUAUUUACCUAUUAUUAUUAUUAUUAUUA